AUGGGUGGGAGGGUGCUGUUGCACCAUACCUCGGUGACAGAGUUCAUCCUGGUGGGCCUUUCCAGUAACCCUGAGAUCCAGCAGGUGCUCUUUGCCGUCUUCCUGGUGGCCUACCUGCUAACAUUGGCUGGCAACAUCCUCAUCAUAGUUACUAUAGUCUACGACCGCAGUCUCCACACUCCAAUGUAUUUCUUCCUGGGCAACCUGUCUUUCAUCGAUGUCUGCCACACCACAGUCACCGUGCCCAAGAUGCUGGCUGACUUCCUGUCAAGGGAAAAGACCAUCUCAUUUGGAGGCUGUGUUGCCCAGAUGUUCUUCCUUCACCUCUUUGCCUGCACCGAGAUCUUCCUCCUCACCGUCAUGGCCUACGACCGCUAUGUGGCCAUCUGCAACCCCAUGCAUUACCUCACCAUCAUGAACCACAAGGUCUGCCUUCUACUGGCCAGCGUCAUCUGGAUGGGUGGCACGGUUCACUCCCUUGCCUUGACUGGCAUGACCAUCAAACUACCCUACUGUGGUCCCCGAGAGGUGGACAACUUCUUCUGCGAUGUCCCACCGGUGCUCAGGCUUGCAUGCACCAACACUCAUGUCAUCGAGAUCCUGAUCAUUUCCAACUCAGGACUGAUCUCCGUGGUCUGCUUCGUGGUCCUGGUGGUCUCCUACGGCAUCAUCUUGGUCUCCCUCCGCAACCGUCUGGUGGAAGGCCGCCGCAAGGCGCUCUCCACCUGCGCGGCCCACCUCACAGUGGUGACUCUCUUCCUGGGGCACUGCAUCUUCAUUUAUUCCCGACCCGCCACCAGUCUGCCAGAGGACAAAGUGGUGUCGGUCUUCUUCACUGCUGUCACCCCAUUGCUCAAUCCCAUUAUCUACACACUGAGGAAUGAGGACAUGAAGCGGGCGCUCAAUAAAUUGUUCGGCCGGAAAGUGAAUACGGAGAAGGAGUGA